UCUGAAAUACACCUCUGUGCCACAACAGAUCAGCAGAGCUGUAACCUCGCCACCCUGUGCUUUGAAGAGUCCUCCAGGAGUUCUUUCUGGCUGGGCUGAGUGCUUGCCCUCACAGGAGACAUUUCUUCAGCCUGCAGCAGUGGUGAGCUCCAACACACGCUGGUCCCGUGGUUUUCAGUGCUGUGGGAUGAGACCUCCUGGUCAGCUCAGCCCCAAGGUUUUUCCACCAUGUUCGGAAAGAAAAAGAAAAGGCUUGAAAUUUCUGGGCCCUCUAACUUCGAACAUCGUGUCCAUACUGGCUUUGACCACCGGGAGCAGAAGUUCACAGGACUACCUCAGCAAUGGCACAGCUUGCUGGCAGACACGGCCAACAGGCCAAAGCCUAUGGUGGACCCAUCAUGCAUCACUCCCAUUCAGCUCGCACCUAUGAAGACUAUUGUUAGAGGAAAUAAGCCUCGGAAGGAUACUUCAAUCAACGGCUUGCUCGAAGAGUUUGACAAUAUCUCCGUGACUCGAUCCAACUCCCUGCGGAAGGAAAGUCCUCCCACACACCACCAAGGCAAUGCAAACCAUGUGCCAAGGCACCAGGAGGAAAAUGGGUACAUCACAUAUUCGCAGUACUCCAGUGAGUCAGACACAACAGACUAUGUCAUGGACAAGUAUAGAGACAAGACUCUCUAUGGGGAAGAGCUAGACAGGUACUACAAAGGGGGCUACGCUGCCAAGCAGAAUGGGCACAUGAUGAAGGUCACUUCCAGAGACAUCUAUUAUUCAGAAAUGACACCCCUAAAAUCAGACCUCUCCAGGUUCCUCCCAGAUUACCAUGCACAAGUGGAGGCGAAGCCCAAACCACUCGAAUAUGGAGGUCUAAAGCUGGAGUACCAGAGGAUUCCCAGUGGAUCCUCACUGGACUACAGAGACCCCUUCCCUUACGCCCUGUCCCGAGCGUCAGUGCAGAGCGAGUGCCCCAAGGAGAGGCUGGAGUACAGCGACGGCGACUGGGGGCACAGCCCAGCCAAGGAUGACUAUGACAAGAGGCCCAAGUCAUCCUACGUGGACCCGGCGAGCCCUCAGCCAACCAUGAGGCAGAGGUCCAGGUCGGGCUCUGGUCUGCAGGAGCCAGCCAUGCCCUAUGGAGCAAGUGCAUUUAAAGCACACCAGCAUGGACACUCCUACAGCUCCUACACCUACCCUCGCUUGUCUGAAACUGCAGCAGGCAUCUCCAAGGUGGAUUACGACCGAGCACAGCUGGUAGUUAGCCCACCACUCUCUGGAUCGGACACCUACCCAAGGGGCCCAGUAAAGCUACCUCAAAGUCAAAGUAAAGUCAGCUAUUCCAGCAGCAGCUACCAGUACCCUCUGGUCUACCACAAAGCAUCCCACUACCACCAGCCAUCACUCCAGCCAAGCUCUCCCUAUAUUUCCACCGCCUCCUACCCCAGCUCCCCAAGUAUCACAUCAAGUGCUUAUCCCCCGCCCAGCUGGGGCUCUUCCUCAGACCAGCAGCCCUCCAGGGUGUCCCACGAACAGUUCAGGGCUGCCCUGCAGCUGGUCGUCAGCCCUGGUGAUCCCCGGGAGUACUUGGACAGCUUCAUCAAGAUCGGGGAGGGCUCCACAGGGAUAGUCUGCAUUGCCACCGAGAAGCACACAGGAAAGCAAGUCGCUGUGAAGAAAAUGGAUCUCAGGAAACAGCAGAGGAGGGAGCUGCUGUUCAAUGAGGUUGUAAUCAUGAGAGAUUACCAUCACGAAAACGUGGUUGACAUGUACAACAGUUACCUUGUCAGCGACGAGCUGUGGGUGGUGAUGGAGUUCCUGGAGGGCGGUGCUCUGACAGACAUCGUGACUCACACCAGGAUGAACGAGGAGCAGAUAGCGACUGUCUGCCUGUCUGUCCUGAGAGCUCUGUCCUACCUGCACAACCAGGGUGUCAUCCACCGUGACAUCAAAAGUGACUCCAUCCUCCUCACCAGCGAUGGGCGGAUCAAAUUGUCCGACUUUGGGUUCUGUGCCCAGGUGUCCAAGGAGGUGCCGCGGAGGAAGUCGCUGGUUGGGACGCCGUACUGGAUGGCACCCGAGGUGAUAUCACGCAUGCCCUACGGCACUGAGGUGGACAUCUGGUCUCUGGGCAUCAUGGUGAUAGAGAUGAUCGACGGUGAACCUCCCUACUUCAAUGAGCCGCCACUGCAGGCCAUGCGCCGAAUCCGGGAUAACUUACCGCCCCGCGUGAAGGACGUGCACAAGGUCUCCUCUGUCCUCCGGGGCUUCUUGGACUUGAUGCUGGUGCGGGAACCCUCACAGAGAGCCACGGCGCCGGAGCUGUUGAGACACCCAUUCCUUAAGCUGGCCGGGGCCCCUUCUUGCAUCGUGCCCCUCAUGAGGCAGCACCGGCACCGCUGAAUGCAGCCACUUCUCAGGAGGAGAUUGGUGCAGGGGCCAGGUAACGGCAAGGCAGGAAUCCCUGCGGUUGUGUUGGAACCACGGGAACGGGUGAGGAAACCUUGCGUAAGAAAACCCGCCCCACGGAAAUAAUGUGGUGUAUAAAACC